GGUUCGGGAGAUGUAAAGGUGUUCGCGACGCUCAGUCACGGAAACAAAUAUGUUAAAAUCCACGACCCAGCGUCUCUUUGGGUAAAGUCGGUGUCAACAACAGGUUUUGAAGCCUGCGUGCGCGAAGCAGGAAGGGGCUCUGGUGGAACGUCUGUGAUCAACUGGCUUGCAUUUCAAGGUUCGCAUCAAGGCAUACACUCAGGGAUCGUGGAAUUCAAUGAAUUCACGUCACGAACACAGUGCAAGAAGAUAUCGCUAAGCAUUCAGAAACAGGUAACUUCGCAACGUCAUCCAAUUCAUUCAUUUAGUCUUCCAUGUUAGUUUUAAAGUCAAUACUCACGAAAAACUCAUAACUCAACUUCGACCUUAAGGGAAAAAAAUAACGAAAACGAGCGUGACUUCACAUCAGCAAAAUUAAAAAAAAAAAUGGCCUUGUUUUGUAAAUUGUUUAAAUACUAUGCCUGCAAAAAUCACCAAAAAAUGUAAUGGUUAUAGUGCUCCAUGAUGAAAGUUGUUUGAUAUCUUCUUCAUGGCUCUGCAGGAACAUUUAAUGCAUGGAUAAAUGGACACAGUGAUUACUUCAGCACAGAAUUGCGAAGUGGCCUAAAGCAGCAAUAUCAUCGUAGCAUAUCCCCUUUAACAAGAAAAGGGCUUAGCACUAUAUGAAUCGUCCGUUGUUUUUCCUAUGUUUUGUUUGCUGUUCAAGAAUCUCCUCCUAAUACUCUGGCAAAUCGCCGCAUGCAAAACCGAGUAACUCUUCAAAGCCGAAAUGAAGUCGAUACUUGAUUAUUUUCCCAAUCAACAAUUGUUGUGAAGCUGUAAUGGCCAUGAGCUUGUGAUAACGUCAGUCCAUAACGUUAAGCGCUGUUAAUCCGGUCCUCUUCGGGGCAAAGGACGAUAAUCAUAUUUAAGCUCAGUAUGUACACGUACUUAUUGGUUGAUUUUUUCUCUUCUUUUAGAUAAAACCUCAAGUGUUUGUAACCGUUCAACAUAAACAUUCUAACCGUCCUUUUGAUUCCAUGAACAUCUGGCUAGAAGAGGUCGAAGCAGACGGCUUCGUUAUUUGCUUGAGAGAGUUUAUGAGUUUCGACGGUAUCCAUACCGGACUUAAAGUG